AUGAAGAGUAACAACCAGAGUUUCUUUGGGGCUUUUGUUGGGGAUUUCUUCCUUUUGGGAGUCUCUGACAGGCCAUGGCUAGAGCUACCCCUUUUUGUGAUUCUCCUAGUAUCCUAUGUCCUGGCAGUCCUGGGAAAUAUUGUCAUCAUAUUGGCAUCCCAGCUGGAUCCUCUGCUGAGCAGUCCUAUGUACAUUUUCCUCAGUCAUUUGGACCUUUGCUAUACAACUACCACUGUGCCUCAGAUGCUGUUCAACAUGGGUAGUUCAAGAAAGACUAUCAGCUACAGUGGCUGCACAGUGCAGUAUGCCAUCUUCCAUUGGCUAGGCUGUACUGAAUGUGUGGUCCUGGCUGCCAUGGCUCUGGAUCGCUAUGUGGCCAUCUGUAAGCCACUCCGCUACACAGUCAUCAUGCACCGCCCACUAUGCCAGCAGCUGGUGGCCACUGCCUGGCUCAGUGGAUUUGGAAAUUCUCUAGUUCAAGUUGUUCUAACAGUGAAACUACCUUUCUGUGGGCAGCGGGUGUUGAACAACUUCUUCUGUGAGGUGCCUGCUAUGAUUAAGUUGUCAUGUGCCAACACAGCCAUCAAUGAUGCCACACUGUCUGUGCUGGUAGCCUUCUUUGUGCUGGUGCCCCUGGUCCUCAUUCUUAUCUCUUAUGGCUUCAUUGCUCAGGCUGUGAUGAGAAUCAAGUCCUCCAAAGGGCAAAGCAAAGCUUUUGGGACCUGUUCUUCCCACUUGGUGGUGGUGUCCCUCUUCUAUUUGCCUGCUAUCUACAUGUACCUUCAGCCCCCUUCCAGCUACUCCCAGGACCAGGGUAAGUUCAUCUCCCUCUUCUAUUCCAUUAUCACUCCUACUCUCAACCCCUUCAUCUACACCCUCAGAAACAAAGAUGUAAAAGGAGCACUGAAGAGGCUUUGGGGAAGGAGUUGGAGACUCUUCCAGAGCUGA